AUGUCUACAAGCAUGGAGUUUGGAAGGGCUUGGGCCUACUAUAGAGACACCUGCCGCCCCUCUUGACUUGAAUAGUGACCCGGACCGGACGAACAGCUGAUUCCCGUCCAGCCUUUAAAUAUCUUCCGGACCGGGUUAACCCAGGCAUAGUGGCUUCAUAAGGGCGGACCGGUACAUCAGCUCACAUCGUAGUUACACCUGUCCCGGUCCGUUCUCCCAGUCCCGUCGGCCAGUGGGCCUGAAGCCUUCACGUCACUGCGUGGCAGUUCAGUUCAGUUGCUAAUGGUGUGUGAAGCAGUGAGUGUUCAGAAUGGACACAUUGCUAGGAUACGAGGAAUUCAUGGAGAAUAAUUCUACGCCAGAGCGUAGUAAAAGGGAAGAGGAGAGGGUUGUUAUUAUUCCUCGUAGAGAAAGUCAAGAAGAGGAUUUUAAUUGUAUUCCUUCAAGUGCUAUGGAACAGUAUUUAGCCAAUAGAAGAUGGCCUGAACAAAAUAGUGAGUUUCGUGACCCAUCAAGUGAUAAAAAGAGCUUAGAAUUUACAAGUGAUAAAGUGAAUGAGUUUCGGAAGCAAAGAUACGGCUCGUCUGAGCCGGAAAAUAAGAAAAGUCAGACAACUGAAGAUUAUUUUAAAAUGUUAAAUCAAUCAGGGGGUGUACAGACCCCCUCUCAAGGGGGUGGAGGACAUCACUUUGCCCCACCAGGGAGUGGACGGGGCCCAGAUCUAGGGGCGUAUUCAGGAUAUGCCAUGCGAUAUAAUUAUUGGAAUUAUUACUGGAAUCAUCAAAACUCUCAGAAUCACGCUGACAUCAGGGGCCAUCCAUUACAACCCCCUCACGAGGAGAAUAGGGGCCCUCCCUUUCCAUCCCCUCAUGAUCCAUACAGAGGUCCUCCUAUUCACUCCCCUCAAAAUCAUCUCAGAGCACCCGCAAUGCAUUCACCUCAGGAUUCUAUGAGAAUUGCUCCCAUGCACUCCCCUCAUGAUCAAAUCAGGGGCGCCCCAGUCCACUCCCCACUUGAUCUGGGUAGGGGCACCCCUGCACCGUCUAAUCAACCCCUGGACAAUAGGGGCACUCCAUUCUCACCCCCACCACCGGCCCAGGCUGGCAGGGUUACCAGGACGUUUAGCCAGCACUGGAUAGUAGUUGGAGGCUCACUUAGAGUCCUUCUUCUAGAUUUUGAUGGAAAAUUCAACCUUCUCAUUCCUAAUAUUGAGAUAGGGAAGGCAUUUAGACUGAACCGUGCUGAUGUUGAAGUACAGACUAGGGAUCUUGAGGGUGGUGUUAAACUCACUUUUAUGAAGUUUACCUUUGCUUCUCCAUCACUAGAAAUCAAAGCUCCCGUCCUCAAUGAUAAAACUGUUGGAUUUCAGGUGCUACGGCGGAACGGUGCCUGCGUAUUCCUGAGUCGGAUUUAUAAUAUUCCAACUCUCAAACCUGGGACUGAUGUAAACAAGGAGAGAUUCUGCAGUACAUCUCAACAGGUUGGGAAUAGUUCGAAUGGAUUGUUACAUGUUGGUUCUCCCACCCCUCUCCAAUCCCAUCAUGGUUCUACCAUUCCCAUCCACCAUACUUCCCAUACAUCUAGACACACCUCCUCCCUUCCAACUCCUACAGGCUCCUUACACCAUCAGCCAGUCUCCCUACAUCAGCAACCUGUCUCCCUACAACCUCAGUCAGGCUCCCAUCGAUUUCCCCUCCCUUCCCAUCAACCUGGAGGCUCCCCCCUCCAAUCUGCUAUAUUAAGUCAGCAGGGACAACGUGUCCCCUUGUAUCCCCCUACCUCUAGCUAUACACCAAACCCAUAUCCAGUCAUUCUACAACAACAACAACCUGCUGUACAACAACAACAACAACCGCAUUUACGAGUAGAUGUACCAGUGCUCCCGCCAAUAUCAAGUCUGAAAAACAACAUUAAGGAAUCUGAAUCCGAAGUGAACUAUAGUAUCCUGACAAACUUUAACGAAAUCUACGCCGAGCUGAGUAAGGAGAACCUGGAGAAGAUGGUCACUUGCUCCUACUGCCCAAGGAGAUUCCAGUUUGUUUCUGUUCUUUUGGAGCAUAUGUUCUCACAUAUAUCCAACGUUGAGAAGAUUGCCACCAUGAAAAUGAACAUCUGGGUUUCAAAGCGUAAUCUCAAAUGUACGCAAAACGGUUGUAAGAAUAAGUUUGCGUACACCCUGGACUAUACUAAACAUCGUGACGCACACGAGUACGAGGGUUUAACCUGCGGGGUAUGCCGGUCACUGCAGACUAGUCCUGUCACGUACGCGCGUCACCUGAGAGCAGAACAUGAAGCAUUUCUGUUUCUUAAGGAAACGCAAGCUGAGGAUACGAUACAGACUAAGCAGAUGGAGCCUUCAAGUCCUGUUAUUAGUGAGGCGAGAAGCCCCCUAUUCCAACAUAAUUCUAUUGGAUGUACUGAUGUAAAAACCCCUCAUUCUGCGCCUGGUAUGCUUGCCUCGCCUCAGUCUUACCAUGUUCCGCCUUCCCCCCAGCAACCAUUUUCCGCUCCGCCCUCCGCCUGUUUCCUAGAGGAGGCGGAGCUCCCUCCCAUUCAGCAUAUGCCAAACCUUGUGGAGGGUGGGCAGCCUCAACUUGGAGGUCAUGAGCUCCCACACAUCGGGCUUUCAGGGCAUAUCCAACCUAACCUAGAUCUCAAUCAACAAGUUAAUGGUAUGAUCCAACCAGUCCACAAUCAACCCGUACUUGCUCCUACUCACAUCGUACAUGGAGUAAACUCCGGGCCCAGGAUACCACAGAUGGAACUGCAUUCGCCGUCCCAACCAGAAAGAUGGAGAAGGACGUCCCCUUCAUCCAACCACGUGGUGUAUACUCAAAACCACGCCUCACCAGCCAACCAGGCGGAUUAUGACCAUGCCUCCCCAGCCACCCAGAUGGGUUAUACACCCAACCACGCCUCCCCGGCCGUGGUCUAUAAUUCUGAUCAUGCCUCCCCAGCCAACCAGGCGGGUUACGAUCACGCCUCCCCUGUUACGCAGGUGGUGUACACAUCUGACCACGCCUCCCCUGCUAACCAGGCGGUAUCUGAAGAAGAAAAUAUCAUGGAUUUAAUCAAGGAUCUUGAAAGCUUUGAACACAACCCCCCUGAGCCUAGUCCCGUAACCUCUCACCCCUCGGAGAACUCUGUCUGUUCUGAUCUAAGCCUGGAGAAGGAACGAACCCAACCCUAUCUAAGCCUGGAGAAAGAGCGACCCCAACCCUCGGAUGCUCAGAUCCUGGCGGACCUGGAGACAGAGAUGAAGGAGAACCAGACCAGAGAUUACAAAUCCUUCGAAGAUUCAGCUCGCGACUUCAAACCUUUCGAUCAAUCGAGACAAUUUGGAGGAAACAGACCGUUUGAGAACACUCAACAUUUUCAAACAACUGCUGGGGGACAGUUUCAAGUGUAUCCUCCAGGUAAAUGGUUUUUUUUCUUUUUCUAA